UGUCCUGUUUUCAUAUCGUCGGUGAGAUUCCUCUCACCACUCUCUUUGUCUCUCUUCCCCUCAUAUCAUCGUCAUCAUCAUCGUUAGCCAUGAUCCCAGCUUCGCCGUCCUCUUCAACGCUGUCUCCACUAGCUCCGCCGUUCACAGUCGAUCGCCUCAACAUCAGCAGCCACCGCCCCCAGCCCUAUGCUUACCCUCCUCCGUCGCCAUCGGUUCCUGAAUUCAACGUUAACGAAUUUUCGCCGGAAAAAUCCGCAGGAGAGAGCGCAUCUUGGAUGGAUCCUUCUCUCUCCUUCAACGUUUCGCCAUUCUCUGCAGGAGGCGCUUCUGAAAGUUUUAUGACAUAUGGUGAUGCUUAUGGCGCUUGGCAUGGAAAGCAUGUUGAUUCCUCGGAAAGACCAGUUCACAUUGGAGCAGAUUCCUCAGUUCGGCAAGAUGAGCGCCCAGCAAUUUACCAGGAUAAGGCUACGGACUCAUGCAACAAUGGAUCGGCCUCUUUUCAGUUUUCCAAACCCAAUGUUUUCGUGGAUGAAUGUGAUGCCUCAAAUUCAAACUCUUAUGAUAGAUAUAUAACGCAGCUUGUUUCAUGCUCUACAGCUCCCAUAAUUUAUUAUCCACCAAAAACAUGUUCGUCGUCUGCCAAAGAUCUUACUCCAGCUAAUGAGACUAAUGCUUUGAUGUAUUUUGUGCCAAGAAAUUGGUAUUCUACUACUCAGCAUGGCAAUCUGUUGUAUAAUGUUGAUGACAGUUAUGUAGACCAUAUGCUUGGCAACAAGAAGGUGCCUGGCAUUGAUCAAUAUUCUGAUGGUAAAGAAAGUGAUGCAAACAGCAUUGUAGUAGAUAGCAACAUGAAAGGAAACAAUAGACUGACAAAUUUCUCAAUAGGUACAUCAUGCUCUACUUUAGGAAAAGAAGUAACAACUGCAAAUCCCAAGGUUUAUUCACCCAAGAUGACACAUGGAUUCGAAACUAAGCAAUUAAAUUUUACAGAGUCAAUUGUCUCUUCAUCCAGGCCUAAUAGCUCCUUGAGGAUUUCUUCAGAGGCACUUGAUCAACCUCAUCUUUCUGUGGAUUCACCAUGUUGGAAAGGAGCUGCCGCGUCUCAGUAUCUGUUUGGUGUUGGCGAUGGAAUGAUAGACUCUCAUCUUAAAGUGAAUGAAUUAAAAGGUUCUGAUGAUUUGAACCAAGCACAAAAGUGCAUUCCAGUCAGUGGUCAAUGCUUGAGAACCUCAAAUUAUGAGGAAAAAGAUGGUCUCUUUUGCUAUGGCGACAUGAAGGGUUCUUUACCUGUUAUUGGGAAUUUCUCUCCGCAUAUUAGUGUGUGUGCAACAGAUGAGAUAUUAUAUGACUUCAAUGCAAAAGGAUCAGAAUGUGCACAAAUUGGAGAGGAAUGGAGAUGUGUUCCUAGCGCUAUUAAGGAGAAAAGUGAUGGAGUAAAAUAUUCAGAAGAGGAUUCUGAACGAGUGAAUGGGAAUGUGAAGGAGUUAGGUCAAGUAAGGACAGUCAUUUUUUCAGCUGAUCGACCUUCAUUAGAGGGUGAAGGUGCUGCUGCUGCUGAGACAGGUCUUACUAAUGGUGCUCAAGAUAAGUUGCCCGAUGUAAAUCUUGAUUCUCAGAAACAUAUCCAGAAAUGUUCAACCAUAGGAAAUGAUGUGAAACUCCUCCUUCAGUCAAUGCAUAGUUUAUCUGAAGUGCUUUUGUCCUCGUACAGUGGUGUUAUUGAAUGGAAGGGAGGUGAUCAUAAGCUUGUGCAGCUAAUAAUUGACAAUCUUGAAACUUUCGCCAGCAGGAACACAAAGGCUUCCUCUCAGGGUAUUCCUAAGUGCGGUUCUCAUGCUGGAGAGACUGGGGGAGCCCGAUCUCAGAUUUCAGCGGCAAAAUCUAAUGAUACUGUGGGGAAGCAUUCUUCUGUAGACACUGAGAGGGAAUUCCAGCAGGUAGCAGUGAAAGAUCUGGAGAGUGACAUCUUUGCCAAGAAGGAAGAUAAUUUCCAGGCAGCAUUAUAUAAAAAUCUGUGGAUGCAGACAGAAGCUGCACUGUGUGCGAUGAAAUAUGAACUUCAACUUGCCCGAAUGAAGCUUGAGAUGAAGGAUCAUGACAACCAGACAAAAGAAAAGGAGGAGCCGGUGCAAGUGAAGAAAUCACCUAGAUUGAGGUCUAUGCCGUGUUCUAAUACGUCCGAAUUCACUACCACACAAACCUUGCACAAUGAUGUUUUCUACCCUGUGGAGAAUGAUGCAGUAAAAAGCCGCGAAGAAAAACCAGAAGAGCAGAAAACAGACAUGGAUGAUAAAGUGGAGGCCUCUGUUAUGGCUAGAUUAGAGAUCUUGAGAGGUCGUUAUGCUAGAUCAGACCAUAUUAGGAUCGAAGAGCAACCGAAAUGUUUAGAUGCUGGAAAUAUGUUCAAAGAUCUAUCGACAAGACUUUCAGACUUGGGGUUUGUGGAGAGUCUAACCCCACAACCAUUUGAUAAUGGUGAUAUUGGUCCGAAUUACGAUGAGGAGAAUUAUUUAUUGCAUCAAACUUCAGGACAUCCUUUUGGUGGGGCAUCCCUUGAUCUCGCUACUGGCUCUCCAUUUCCACAACAGUUUUUACCGUCAUCGCAGAGUCAGAGAAAUCCUAUGAGAUUUUUCUUGGGAUAGUGGAUUGCAGUAUAAAUACCCUGGAAAACCAUAGGCAAGGGUUACGUCCAAAAUACUGUAGUUUCCAUUGUAAAUAGCAGUCUUCUGAUGUAUGUAUGAUCCGAGUCAUAGAACCGAAUCCUCUUUGUACCAAUGCUUAUUUUAAUUCUUCAUUGGUUUCCCUUUGUUCUGAGAUGUUAUUGCCCCGUGCAGUAAAGGACGACUUCGACUGGGAAGCUCGUGGGAAAUACUUUGUUCGCCUUGGAGAUGCUUUCAGUUUGCAGUCUGACCAUCUUGUUAAUGAUCUUGGAACACAAGUUGUGAUCCUGUGUGUUGUCAAAGAUUAUUAGUUACUAGAUUGUAGCUUGACUGUUACCAUCUUGUAACGUAUUGCUGUGGAAUUUCUGAAUAUCAGUGGAGUUAUUUUCCCUGGAGUAUUGUUUUUGUGA